AUGCAGGUUGGGGUUAACGAUGAUGAAUCGAAGCGCUGCACGUUUCAGGGAUGUACUGAGGUGGAUCCUCUUGCCUCUCGUUGCAGACUCUGCGGCGGGAUGUUUUGCGCCGAACACACCACCGUGGUCGCCCACACCUGUAGCGUCUUCAAUGCUCAGCCUCUCACCUGCCCCAUCUGUCUUCAAAGCGUGCCACUCGAGCGCCCUGGACAACCACCUGACGAGGCUGUGUCGCGACAUAUUGAUCGAGGUUGUCGCAAUACUCAGUUGCUGCCGAAUGGUCAAAAAGAUCGGAUGAACUACUGCAGCUAUGCGGACUGCCACAAGAACGAUGUGGCUGCUAUCAUUUGUGAGGACUGUGGCAAUAUGUACUGCAUUGAGCAUCGUGCUCCCGUGCGUCACCGUUGCCGGAAGUCUCGGGUGCCUCGCACUGCUGCUUCUUUACAGAGGACGUCGCAAAAGGCGACGCUUUCUUCCGCCAAAACGUCGACCACUGCUUCUCCUUCAUCACUGUCUAAAAAUUUUCCGCGUAACACUCCCAGCACGGCUCUUGGGGUGCGUGCUGAGGGCGCCGUAACUCCACUUGUUCUUUUUGCAAAGGAGUUUGGUGUUGCCCCAUUUUUCAUGUAUUUUCCACGUUUAAUGGUGGUGGGUCGUUUGCUGGAUCUUGCCGUUAGUCAGGCGGCGCUUGAGAGUAUGGCCGUGAACAAUGCGAAAGGUGCAUGGAUGGUGCAUGUGAUCCGGCGGCCGCACAGCAGCGACGGGUUUUCUGUGUUUGCUCCACGUCUUUCCGCGACAUUGAAGGAGGCGGGUGUGGGGGAUGGUUCAAUUGUAUAUAUUGGGAAGCAACAAGUGGUGCCAGACGACGUGGUUAAGGGGCUCGCCCCGCAACUUACAAGGAAGAUCUCCGAAGAUAGGAAAGAAAAUACGGAAUGUACCAUCCUGUAA